AUGGUUUUUCAAAUUACCCGAUCUUUACUGUUUUACAGACCUCUGACUAGAUCAGAAUCAAUUUCACGAUUGUAUUCAACUGCGGUGCCGCAGUUUGAAUCGUUAGCAGUUUCAGUACCCAAAAAACAUGUUUUUCAUGUGGAAUUGAAUAAACCAAACGAUUUCAAUACGUUUACUAUGGAUAUGUGGAAAGAACUAAAUGCUUGUUUUACAUCAUUAAGCAACAAUUCUGAAUGUAGAGUUAUUGUUUUUUCCGGAAGAGGAAAACAUUUUAGUGCCGGAAUAAAUAUACAAAACCUUCUUGAUGAAGAAACUAAAGUAGAAGAUGUGGAGGAUAUUGGUCGGAGGGCUCGUCAUUACGGAAAAACUAUAAGCAGUUGUCAGGAUGGUAUAUCAGCAUUAGAAGACUGUGUCAAGCCAGUGUUAGCUGUCAUUCACAAUACUUGUGUCGGAGCUAGUGUAGACCUUAUUUCAGCUGCUGAUAUGAGAUAUUGUACUCAAGGAGCCUGGUUUCAAGUAAAAGAAGUCGAUGUUGGUAUAGCUGCUGAUUUUGGUACUUUACAGAGGCUGCCAAAGAUAGUUGGCAGCACGUCAACAGUGCGCGAGUUGGUUUACACCGCUAGAAAGGUGCAGUCAAAUGAAGCCUUAGAACUUGGACUUGUCAGCAGAAUAUAUGCCGACCAAGAAACAGCACUGAAAGAAGUGUUGGACAUAGCAGAAACUAUAGCGAAGAAGAGUCCGAUAGCCGUCCAGAACAAAUCUCAUCAACCAAGUGGGUGUGCAGAGUGGAGACCCAAAAAUUGGCGCCGUCGCUGUUCUCACCAAAGAGACACCUGA